GGAUUAACUUCAAAAGCCAAGGACAAGCUUUGAGGAAUAUGUUAGGACGGUUUUAGUAACUGUCAAUUUUCUUCACUUAGCGAAAAAACCCCAGAAAUGCCUUGGAAGCGUAUUUGGAAGAAGUUGUCGAACAUUUUUAGCUUGUAUGAUGUCAUCCAUUCUGUGAGGGAUCUGUUACAUCACAAGGAGUUGAUUGAGCAAGUUAUGAAACAGGAUGAGUCAUUAAAAGAAUCUAAGGGCAAGCUCAGAGUUUACCUUGCUCCUUUCCUUCAUGGUAUGCGCUAUACAUCGUUUGGUCGUCAUUUUACCAAGGUUGAGAAGCUUAAGGAGGUACAUUACCCUAUUUUGAUGGCUGAGAAAUUGCUGUUAUUGCUACUGCAGCAUGGUAUUUGUCUUGUUAAAUUUGUUCAUUAAGAUGAGCUCUAAUUGCAUCACUCAAUGUUGGUUCCAAUCACCAUUCCAUUUUAACAUUUUUAAAAAUAAGAAAAAUCGUUAAAAACUACCUAUAAAAAGUGGUCUUUUGUGAAAAACUACCUACAAUAAAGUUUUUUGUCAAAAAUUACCUAAAAAAUAUAGUUUAUUUGUCAAAGACUACCAAUUAACAGAAUCAUCCAUAUUGACCGUUAUCUUUAACAUUGACCAACAUGUGAUAUGCACAUGAUUUCAUCUUCAACCUCAACUCACCCUUUCAUUUCCAGAAAUUAGUAGCAUUUUCAACCUUCGUCUUCAACAAAACCUACUAUGAAUGUCCAUGAACAGCACAUGCAUUCCGCAUCCAAUAGAUGAACAACUAUCAAUACAAGACCAUUUAUUCUUCUUUCUUAUUAUUUCUUCUUUUACACUUACUCAUUUUGUUCUCUUCUCCUACCUUUUAAUUGAAUCUUUUGUGAUUCAAAAUUUGAAGUUGAAAAUCGUCAAUUGAUUACUGCUAUUUUGUUUGUUAGGGAAGGGGAAAGCUAGAGAUUGAAGAUCUAAAGGGGGUUAAUUUUAUUUACCCUAAUUUUGUUUUUUUUUUUAAUUGUUUUUUUCAUUAAAUAUAAUAGUUCCCGUUAGUUUUCACAAAAGACUACUUUUUAUAGGUAGUUUUUAACAAUUUUUUCUUAAAAAUAAUAGCCUUAUUAAGUAUACAGUAUCUUGACUAGUAAUAUAUAAGUUUAAAAGGGUGAGAAGGUAAGUGAAUUAAGCAGUAUCAGAAACCUUGUGCAUGAUGUUUUUACUCUUGACUCUAACUUGGCUUUUUUUGAUAUUAACCUGGGUUUUGUCAUUGCACUUUAAUUUUAACUUGGCUUUUUUAAUUAUACAUAUCUUUUUGAAUUUUUCUUGUGUCAUUAUUCCACUUAUAAACUCUCAAAUAUCUUUCAUGUUUUAUAGGAAAAGAUGUGGUUAUGAUUAGAGUGUGAUGAAUUUUUGUCAAUGAUAGAUUUUUUAUUCUUACAAUUUGAUAUGCACAGAUUCUUGUGAGAGACCAUUCUCUAAUUGGGCCAGCCCAUUAUAUAAUUUUUAAAAUAUUGUAAGUAGGCAUUAAGAUUGAUGUAAGUAGACAUUUAAGAUAUUGAAAGUAGGCAUUAAGAAUAAAGUAAGUAACUAUUAAGGAUAAUAUAAAUAGGCAUUAAGAAUACGGUAAGUAGGAAUUAAUCUUUAAUGAACUGGGCUUGAGAUACGUCUCUCAAACAGAUGGUCUCUCAAGAGACUACUUGUUUGAUAUAUUUGGUGUAGUUUACUCUUGAUUCGUUGUCUGCCUUGAUGAAUUUUCUGAAAUCUUUGGUUCUCUUUACAGGUUGCUGAUAAAAUUAUGUGGUUACUCUUUCCAAUUAAUUUUUUUAUUUAAAGUUAUUUACAAACAUUUUUUGCAUAAAAUGGUUGCUAUCUGCAGCAUUUUUGUUCAUCGAAUUGAUACUUAACCAGCCGAAUAAAUUACUUGGUUUUUCGGUGUACGAGAUGAUUUGGAGUAGCUAAAACUUCAAAAAGUAUGCGCAACACACUAAUAAUAUUCUAUAACAUAGCUUCUUGUUAUUAACGUUUGAAUAUUUAAUUUUUGAAUUUAAAUUAUGCGCUUAAAAUAGUUGAUAAUUAAAUAUUCAUAAUACAAGCUAAACACGUUUUGUUAUUAUUAGUACACGUUAAUAUUUGAAUUUAAAUUAGUUGUUAUGAUAAUUAAAGAGUUUCUUAUGAAUAAGAUGUUAUUUAAAUUAAUACUAAAAAUAGGAAAUGACUAUUUAAAUUAAUGCUUAAAAUAAGAAUUAAUUUGAAUAAGUAUUUAGACGUUGAUUAAUCUGGUUUUGCUUAGUUUUCAAUGUCUUGUAUGAGUUCUAACGUGGCAGCACAGCAUUGGUUAUUAAAAACAAAUUACAGCAACAAUGACGAAAAUAUAUGAGCUGUCAGUACACGUCAGUUUGAAAUAAAGCUCAACGUCUUGAAGACUGGCACAGAAUAUCCAGAUCAACAAAAUUAACGCAUGAAGCUUUCUUGCUCUUCAAGGAUGUGUUGAGGCGUAACACCUAUAAAUACAAGCCUUUAUUUCAGAAUUAAUGAUGCACCUCUUCUUUAUAACUUUCUCUCUUGUAAUAAGAUCUAAUAUUUUCUAAGUAUUAAAAAAGAGUUGUAAUUCUUAGUUUAUCUAGCUCUUACAAUUUGUAAUAGGCUUAAGUGUUAAAAAAGAGUUAGAUUAUUUCAUAGUUUAAUACGCCUAACUUAGAAACUUUUCAAAGUGUUCAACUUGUAAUCUCUAUUGGGAGAUUGGGAUUUGCUUUUAUUAAAGGGACUUGUAAGACGUUUCUUCAAGGGGAAGAACGUGGUGAGAGAAGAUAGUGAGAUCUUCUAGUUUGUCUUAAAGUCGGAUUAAUAAAAGGCGUUGAAAUCUUACGGGUUGAAAGAGAACCCGUAGGCGGGGAGUAGGUUGUUUAGAACCGAACCUCGUUAACAUAUCGUGUGUUAUUCUUUAAAGUUUAUUUUCCGCACAUACGUUAUAGUUCUACAUCGCUACUCUUUUUAUUUUAUCGCCAC